ACAUUCUUUAACUUUAUAGAGAGAGAGAGAAGAGAUUAUUAGUUUCAUGCAGAGAUGAAAACCAGUUCUACUCAUCAAAUCAAUAAACAUCGAUCAGCCAUAAUCAAAUACUUCCUUCCCUCUCUCUUCCUCUCACUCCCUCUCUUUCUCUUCCUUCUCUCCCUCCAAUCCGGUCACCGCCGCACCACCACCGUCACCACCACGAUACAAGCCAAACCCAAGCCAGGCUCCGGCGACCUCCUCAGAAUACGACCGGGAUACUCCUCCUACGACAACUACAUCCAGCGCCAGCUCAACAAGACUCUCAACCCGAAGCUCCGCCAGAUAUGGACGACCCGAGACUGGGACCGGAAAAUCAAAGUCUUCUCUCGAUUCUUCGACGAGCUGAAACGACAGAGCCUCCUCUCCAACGACUCCAGAGCUCUCUGCAUCGGAGCCCGAGUCGGCCAGGAGGUGGAAGCGCUGAGGAGAAUCGGCGUGUCCGACUCGGUCGGGAUCGAUCUCGUGCCCUACCCACCUCUCGUAGUGAAAGGAGAUUUCCAUAACCAGCCGUUCCGAAACGAGAGUUUCGACUUUGAAUUCUCGAACGUGUUCGACCACGCGCUGUUCCCGGAGAAGUUCGUGGCGGAGAUCGAACGGACGUUGAGGCCCGGAGGCGUCUGCGUCUUACACGUGUCGAUAUCUCGACGGGCCGAUAAAUACUCGGCUAACGACUUGUAUAGUUCGGAGCCGUUGGUGCAGUUGUUUAAGAGCUCCGACUUGGUUCACGUGAAAAAGAUCGACGGUUUUGGAUUGGACACCGAAGUUGUUUUUCGUAAACGCGAGAACUGAUCCAACGGUCAUAAUUCUUCUACUUGUUUUUUUCUUCAAAAUAUAUAUUCUUUACCGUAUGUAUUUGCAACUUCUCCAAAUAUGGGAUGUACUGGGAUUUGAACCUUAACACGAAUUUUUUUUAAUAUUAGAAAUUAUUUGAUGA